GGGGAGAGGAGCGUCGGUGCCACCUCCUGCGCUCCCCAUGGCGUCUCACCAGCAGACCAGGAUCCAAGCCUACCUGGAAAGGAACAAGAUCGGGCCCCUCUUCGAGGAGUUGAUGACCAAGCUGAUAACAGAGACACCUGACCAGCCAAUCCCAUUUCUAAUUGAUCAUCUUCAGUCCAAACAGGGGACCCGCAGUCAGCUUCAGAGAACAUUGUCUGGAUCUGCUGCCCUUUGGGCAGAGAGUGAAACUGCAGAAAAUAAAGGAACAAGGAGAGAUUUCAGAAGUUAUGAUAAACCUUGGCAGGUAAAUGCAAAGAAGCCUAAAAAAUCAAAGAGUGACCUUGCUGUGUCCAACAUUUCUCCACCAUCACCGGAGUCCAAGUCAUUGCCAAGGUCAAUAGAGCAUCCUAACUGGGAUUGGAAGACAAAACCGGAGAGCCAUGAUUUUGAUGAACUAAAUCAUAUUCUUCAAGAGAGCAAAAAACUUGGAAAAGCCCUUGAGAAUCUGUCUCGCAGCAUUGCAAUUUCUGAUGAACUUGAUAAGGAUACAACAGGUUUUAACACUCCUCUUCUCAGACCUCGUGUAAUUGGAGAGUGGGUUGGUCGUGAAGAGAAUGAUGCAGAUCCACUGGCUGCUGAGAUGUUGCAACCACCGAUACCAAGAAAUAAAAAUGAACAGUGGGACAGUGAGGAUAGCGGCAGUCCUGGAGGAAGCUUAAAAAUGGAGCCAAAGACCAAAGGACUAAAACAGCAACAGCAGCAACAUAAGAAACUGCUGGCUGCCAUGCUUUCUCAGGACUCCUUUGAUUCUGCCCAAAGCACAGCUCCAUCUGUAACCGAAGAAGAUAUUGACAAUGAAGAUGAUGCAAUGGAACUGUUGGAGGAUCUCGAUGAUCUAAGAAUGGAAGGAGUAACAAGUGUGGUGUCUUCUGGGAGCAAAUUCAAUCAAACUCGAAGCGCUCAUCCUGCUGAGCCUCAAGCAAAGGUUACGUUGAAUAUCUGUGCAAGAUGUGCCAGAUUGCAAGGAGAGAACUUGGCAGAAAGACCAGAAGAUGGCUUAGUGGUGUCUGAAGCUCCUGAGCCUGCAAUGUCAGACUCUGAUGCAGGAGUAUCUGGGGUUGAAACACUAAUGGAAGAUAUUGAUGAAUUUGAGAGUGGCCCUCAAGUAGCAGGAUCUUCACAGGCAGUUUGGACCCUGGAUGCCCUGGGUAUCAGAACUGGAGGUUCUCCAAGACAGAAACUCGUAAAGGACUCCUUAGCAGCAAAAGAACUUCAAACCAUGGAAAAACACCUUGCUGAUAUUGAAAAGGACCUAGCACUAUGGGAAGAAGCAAGACUAUUGAGAAGUCCUAGUAUCCAACAUCCUAGUUUAGUUACAUCUGACCAUCCAGGCAAUUUUCCAGCUACACAAGGCCAAAAUCCAAGGCCCCAGGUAUCAACUCAAGUGGGGAAAAACAUUCAGCUCCAAGGAAACAAAUCCCCACCGUUGCCCGCUAACAGCAGAACCCAGGUCUGCAGUAUGGCAAACAACAGGCCUCCCACGCCCAACGCACAAGCCAGUAGGCCUCCGACUCCAUCCACCCCAGGAAGCAGACCCGUGACCCCAAAUAGCUUGCUCUCGCGACCCCUUACCCCUGUCAACCAGGGAAAUAAGGAAGGCAUCAUUAGUAUACAAAGAAGCAGAUCUCUGACAUCUAAGAGCCAACUGGGGAGGACCCUCAGUGCUGCUUCAGGGCUCUCUGUGCAAAUGAGUGGAGACAUUGUUGGAACUGUCAAUACACAGAGAAGCAGUUUAUCAGAACCAUGGAGACAAUUCUUCAAAGGCCGAAGUAAGGGUGGUCUUGGGUAGGUGAAGAAUAACAAACUUUGUACUUUUACAGAUUACAAAGGUAUGAAACUAGAAGCUGAUAAAUAUAUAUUAUUUUACAACUUUCAUUGUAGACUUUGUAUCCCCUUCCUGUAUAAAAAGAGUAAAAUAAAAGGGAAAUUGCUUCUAUUCUUCAUAAAUUACUUACGGUGUAAAAAAAAAAAAAACCUUUAUAUGUGAAUGCAUUGUGGUUAUGUUGCCAAUACUAUGAUAAAAUCUUGAAAAGGGGUUGCUGCUUCCUUACUCUUAUUCUGGUGUAAAUCAGACAUAUCUAUUGACAUUAGUGGAAUAAGCCAGUAUAAAGUGGUGCGUCUUUGAGGAGAAUAACUCAGUUGACAAGAAUGUCUGAAUGUCUGAAUACAAGGAGCAAAUUAUCACAAAGAGCUUGAAUUCUGAAUCUUCAUAAUCUAUCUCUAGUUGAGUUCUCAGGAUUUUUAACAUAUCUCUUAAUGCUUGAUGUCAGGUUCCUAUUUUGCAAUAUAUUUCAAACACAAAAAGUCCAAAAUAGAAAAGUACUAUUAAAUACAAUAAAUAAAUAAAUACAAUUCAGGGAGAGGCUCUAACUUUUAGUAAAGUCUGUGCUUUAUCAUAAGAUGAUUUACUCUUUUCAUAAAAAAAAAAUCUUAAAUAAUUUGGCAAGUACUUAACAUUUCAGCUGUUAAGAAUUUUCAUUGAGACUUAAGAAUAAUGCUAGAGUUUUGAUCUGAGUUGAUCUCAGAGUAAUGAUUAAGUUUUUUUGCAUGAGUGUGCCUCUUGGCACACAUAGUAUUGUGAUGUUCCAACAAUUGUGUUUUAUUAUGAGCCAUCUUCAAGGCUGAAUUGAAUAUAGCAAAGAAAAGUUACCUAGUGAAAUAAUUUUGUUAUUUCUAUAAAACUAAUAAAUCAGGCUUCUAAAUCCUUUUGCAGAGAUACUUCCUUGAAUUUACUGUCUCCUUUGGUGUUUUGUAUAGCUUGACAAUGGAGAGCUGAAUCCAGCUUCUCUCUUCAGGAUGGAUUCUGUUAGAGUGACACCAAUCUCUGACAGUUCUUUUGAGAUGAAAACACUACUUGCCCCCUCGUUUGCCAGUACCUUUUCUGAACACUGGGAACCUUACAAACCCUUCAUUUAUCCAGAUAGUUUAAGGUGGCAUUCAGCGUGUUUAUUGAUCUGUCAUUGUUAACCGCAGGAAGCUUUAGCUUAUUACAACAUUGAUUCACAGAAGUUUCCUUCUGGAUUACUGAGUAUAGAAAACAUCAUCAUGUCAUAAGAACUCUUUCUGGGGUCAGAUGCUUCUGUUCUGCUGCC